AUGGCGGAUCAACUCUUGGAACAAGUGAGAGAUGCUGUGGAUGGUCAAAUUGACUUUGAAGGUCAGAAGUUGGCCGAGAUCUUAGCAACUGUUGUUCUAUCAAUCGUCGGGGGAAUUUCCUUCUUCGUCGGCUUCUUCCUACAAGAUAUCGUUUUGGCACUUAAAAUCGGUCUCGGUGGUACAGCGCUUACCUUCCUCCUAAUCGUUCCUCCAUGGCCUUUCUUCAAGCAACAUCCUGUUAAAUGGCUACCCGUUGGUGGCCAGCCAGCAAUUACGAGUACGCAACAGAAUAUAGUCAUCGAUGGGAAAUUGUUUACGAAAUAA